AUGAAUGCACAAAACCAAACACGAGUGACCGAAUUCCUCUUCCUGGGUUUCUCCCACCUGCUGAGCUACACAACCCACCUUUUCCUGGUGUUCCUGGCUGCCUAUUUGGCCACUCUGAUGAGCAACAUCAUGAUUAUCAUCUUAAUUCUCCUGGAUUCCCGUCUUCACACCCCCAUGUACUUCUUCCUCAGCCAGCUCUCCUGCUUGGAUGUUUGCCUUUCUUCUGUGGUGGUACCAAAAAUCUUGGUGAACUUCCUACGCCAAAAGCAGACUAUCUCGUACAACCAAUGUCUGGCCCAGGCCUUCUUCCUGAUUGGCUUUGCGGGAUGUGAAUUGGCCCUGCUGGCCGUCAUGGCCUAUGACCGCUACGCUGCCAUUUGUCAGCCUCUGCAUUAUGGCCACCUGAUGAGGGGCAAGUUGUGCAUCCAGCUGUCUGUGGCCAUUUGGCUCUGGGGCUUCCUACACUCGGCCAUCCACGUUGCCCUAGCCUGUAGAUUGGACUUCUGUGGAAACAACAAUGUUCCUCACAUCUUUUGUGAUGUCCCUCCAUUAUUUAAAAUCGCCUGCAGUGAUCCCUCGGUCAACGAAUUGGCCAAUCACAUCACCAGCAUCUUUGUAGGCCUCAGUCCCUUCUUCUUCAUCAUCCUGUCCUAUUUCUAUAUUCUGGCCUCUGUUCUGCGAAUUCGCUCUAACACCGGCAGGCGCAAAGCCUUCUCCACUUGUGCAUCACACAUUAGUGUGGUAGCUCUUUUUGUUGGUAAUGGGAGUAUGAAUUACAACCAGCCCAGUGCUGGAUACUCUCUGGAGGUUGAUGCUUUGAUCUCCACCAUGUUUUGCAUCGUGACCCCGAUGUUGAACCCCUUGAUCUACAGCGUCCAUAACAAGGAGGUGAAGGGGGCCCUGAGGAAGCUUCUCAAGGGCUGGAAAAGAGCAUAG